AUGGUAUCGUUCGGCUACUUCGGGCUUCGGCAGGCCCCUUGGACUCUGCUCGUCCUGAUCUUUUUCAUCGAUAGCGUCAUGGGGAAUUAUGCAAAGUCUUUCUUCAUACAUUGGAACACAACAAAUAGUAUAUUCAGAAUAGACAAUACAGAUCACGUAUUCGACCUUAAUAAAGGAAAUGCACAAUUCGAAUACGACCAAGUGAACAUAAUAUGUCCCGUUUAUGCGCCGGAUACAUUCGAGGAGGACAUGGAGAAAUAUAUAAUAUAUAACGUAAGUAAAGAGGAGUACGACACGUGUAGGAUAACGAAUCCCAAUCCGCGGAUAAUAGCGAUAUGCGACAAGCCGAACAAGCUGAUGUUCUUCACGAUCACCUUCCGGCCGUUCACGCCGCAGCCCGGCGGGCUGGAGUUCCUGCCGGGCAAGGACUACUACUUCAUAUCGACAUCCAGCAAGGACGACCUGCACCGGAGGAUCGGCGGCCGCUGCCUCAGCCACAACAUGAAGCUGGUGUUCAGGGUGUGCUGCAAGCCGGAGGACAUGUCGCCGGCGCCGGCGCCCCAGCCGACGCCGCCGCCGCCGCCGCCGCCGCCGACCGCGCCACCCACCACGACCACCACCACCGCUAAGCCGGCGACCAAGAAGACGCACAAAUACGACAAGACGCCUAACGAGGUGGUGAAGAGCGAGGAGCUGUCGUACUCGCGCGGCGCGGCCCUCGCCUCGUCGCUCGCCCUCGCCCUGGCCGCGAGCGCGGUGCUAGCGCCCCUGGCUCGG